AUGAGCAAUUCAGACGUGGUAACCCUAAAUGUUGGUGGUACAAAGUUCACCACUUUUGCUUCAACGCUGCAGAGGUUUCCAGACUCCAGACUGGCGCACAUGCUGGAUGGCGGUGACCGGGAUUUCAGGCUAGUGAACGGUCAGUAUUUUGUAGACCGGGACGGCUCCUUAUUUAGCUACAUCUUGGACUACCUCAGAACUUCUCAGCUGACUUUGCCAUCUGAUUUCUCGGAAUACGAAAGACUUCAGAGGGAAGCAGAGUUCUACCAGCUUCAGGCUCUGGCUGAGCAGCUGGGCCAGGAGAAUUUUUACCGGCCCAGGCAGGAGAUCUUGGAAGUGAGGUUCCUCCUGCAAGAGACGCACGCUUUCUUUCGCAUCUUCUGCUCAUGCAGCAGUACGGUUGAAGCUCUUGCGGACCGCAUUGUAAUGUAUGUCGAACAGUCUCUUGGAGGUCAAGGAUGGAACUUCCCAUUUUCUAACCAGAAACCUCUGGCUCCUGUGCCGCUACAAAGACCCUCACAUCAUGACCUUGUCUUCCAGUGUGGGACAGACCACACAACAGGAGAUCAGUUUGGAGCCAGGUAUGUGUCCAUAAAGCCUGACCAAAGAAAGCUAUUGAAUGGUACCAACGUGCUGGGACUUUUGCUGGACAUCUUGCUACGUGAUGGCUUUAGCCUGGUGAGCACAAGAGCCGUAUCAGCAGAGGAGAAAGUAGAGUGUUACACAUUCCAGAGGAAGAAGAGACCUGAAAUCCUUACCAUCUCCGAGAACUACAAACAGGAAAAGAAUGUCAAUAGCCAAGUGAAACAGAGCAAACCAAACAAAAAGAAAUGA